CGGGUGGGGGACGGCCGCGGGGCGACUCCGUCCGGGAGGGGGCGGGCGUGAGGCGCGCCGUCCGCCCGAGGGGCCGCAGACCCGGGCUCCCUCGAGCGCCACGGCUGGCUCGGCUGUUCCAUGUGGCUCCGGCGGGGAUGGAGGACUCGGUGGCGGUGGCGGCGGCUGCUGCUGUGGCGGCGACGGAGGAGCGGCGCUGAGGCGGGUACGGGGCUAGACUCAGCCCGACAGCGGGAUGAGAGUUCUCGGAAUACACGUCAUAUAGCCCCUGAGAUGGGAUGGUGAUGUCUCCAUGAGGGAAGCUCCACUCACUCAUCCUGUCAUGUACACCACACUGUUCUUGGCCGGGCCAUUCAUCUAAGAUGGGAUAUACCCUAUGAAACAGGGAGAAGACUUAUGGACCCCAAACAUCAUUUCAAGUUGUAGAUGAGUUUUUAAAAGUACAGACAUACAUGCAAAACUUCUUUGCUUUGGACCCUCUGCGUUGUUUAAAGCUGCUGUGUUGCUAACCCAGAACUGCUCCAGUGUGUUGACGGAUCAUCAUGGCUUCAGUUUGGAAGAGACUGCAGCGCGUAGGAAAACAUGCCUCUAAGUUCCAGUUUGUGGCCUCCUACCAGGAGCUGAUGGUUGAGUGCACCAAGAAAUGGCAGCCAGAUAAAUUGGUGGUAGUUUGGACAAGAAGAAGCCGAAGGAAGUCUUCUAAGGCUCAUAGCUGGCAACCUGGAAUAAAAAAUCCAUACCGUGGUGUUGUAGUAUGGCCUGUUCCUGAAAACAUUGAAAUCACUGUGACACUUUUUAAGGAUCCUCAUGCAGAGGAAUUUGAAGAUAAAGAGUGGACAUUUGUCAUCGAAAAUGAAUCUCCUUCUGGUCGAAGGAAAGCUCUUGCUACUAGCAGCAUCAACAUGAAACAGUAUGCAAGCCCUAUGCCAACUCAGACUGAUGUCAAGUUAAAAUUCAAGCCAUUAUCUAAAAAAGUUGUAUCUGCCACUCUCCAGUUUUCAUUAUCUUGCAUUUUCCUCCGGGAAGGAAAAGCCACGGAUGAAGACAUGCAAAGUUUGGCUAGUUUGAUGAGUAUGAAGCAGGCUGAUAUUGGGAAUUUAGAUGACUUUGAAGAAGAUAAUGAAGAAGAUGAUGAGAACCGAGUGGACCAAGAGGAAAAGGCAGCAAAAAUUACAGAAAUUGUAAACCAAUUGAAUGCUCUGAGCAGCUUAGAUGAAGAUCAAGAUGACUGCAUAAAGCAAGCAAAUAUGCCUUCAGCUAAAUCAGCCAGUUCCUCUGAAGAGCUUAUCAACAAACUUAACUUUUUGGAUGAAGCAGAAAAGGAUUUGGCCACUGUGAAUUUAAAUCCAUUUGGUGAUCCUGAUGUAACAGGAUUAAAUCCAUUUGAAGAUCCUGACUCAGAAGAACCAACCACUGAAACAGUAUCACCUAAAAAACCAGAAGAAUCUUUUUAUAAUAACAGCUAUAAUCUCUUCAAAGAGAUGCAAACUCCACAGUAUUUAAACCCAUUUGGUGAACCAGAAACCUUUGAAACUAUAAAGGAUUCUCCUCCCCAAUCAACAAAAAGAAAAAAUAUAAGACCUGUGGACAUGAGCAAGUACCUCUAUGCUGAUAGUUCUAAAACUGAAGAAGAGGAGUUGGAUGAGAAGAAACAAACUAUGGAUAUGUGUAGCUACAUUGAUGAAUCUAAGAGAUCAAAUCCUUUUUAUGAACCUAAACCAACACCUCCUCCAAAUAAUUUGAUAAAUCCAAUUCAAGAACUGGAAAGUGAAAAGAGAGUGAAAAGAAAAGCCCCAGCCCCACCAGUCAUCUCACCAAAGAUGGGAGGAGUAAACGAAAAUACAGUUGUUUCUGCAGGAAAAGAUCUCUCCACUUCUCCUAAGCCAAGUCCUAUACCAAGUCCUAUUUUGGGGCGAAAGCCAAAUGCUAGUCAGUCACUGCUUGUAUGGUGCAAAGAAGUUACGAAAAACUAUCGGGGAGUAAAAAUCACAAAUUUUACUACAUCCUGGAGAAAUGGUUUAUCUUUUUGUGCAAUAUUACACCACUUUAGACCGGAUUUAAUUGACUACAAGUCUCUGAAUCCUCAAGAUAUUAAAGAGAACAACAAAAAGAAAUCACCUUUAUGGUGGGCAUGCUGCAAAGCAUAUGAUGGAUUUGCCAGCAUAGGAAUUUCCCGGUUAUUGGAACCUUCUGACAUGGUCUUAUUAGCAAUUCCUGACAAACUGACUGUUAUGACUUAUCUCUAUCAAAUAAGGGCACAUUUCAGUGGCCAAGAACUAAAUGUUGUUCAGAUAGAGGAAAACAGCAGUAAAAGCACAUACAAAGUUGGAAACUAUGAAACAGAUACAAACAGUUCUGUUGAUCAAGAAAAAUUCUAUGCAGAGCUUAGUGAUUUGAAACAGGAACCUGAACUGCAGCAGCCUACCAGCACAGCCGUAGACUUCUUAUCACAGGACGACUCUGUAUUUGUAAAUGAUAGUGGGGUUGGAGAGUCAGAAAGUGAACAUCAGACUCCUGAUGAUCAUCUUAGUCCAAGCACAGCCUCCCCUUACUGUCGCAGGACUAAAAGUGACACAGAACCCCAAAAGUCCCAACAGAGCUCUGGAAGGACUUCAGGUUCCGAUGACCCAGGAAUAUGUUACAGUACGGAUUCAACUCACGCGCAAGUUUUGUUAGGCAAGAAGAGACUAUUGAAAGCUGAGACUUUAGAAUUAAGUGAUUUAUAUGUUUGUGAUAAAAAGAAGGAUGUGUCUCCACCCUUUAUUUGUGAGGUGACAGGUGAGCCAAAGCUUCAGACUCUGGACAUCAGUAGUAACUUGGAGCAAGAAAAAUUAGAGAAUUCUAGACCCUUAGAAUGCAGAACAGAUCCUGAAUCACCUAUCAAAAAAACAAGUUUAUCUCCCACAUCUAAACUUGGAUACUCAUACAAUAGAGAUGCAGAUCUUGUGAAGAAAAAGCAUACUUCCCUGAGGCAGACAGAGUCUGAUCCAGAUGCAGAUAGACCCACUUUAAAUCAUUCAGAUCAUUCUGCAAAAACAGUCCAGCAACGAAUGUUAUCUCGACAAGAAGAACUUAAAGAAAGAGCAAGAGUUCUGCUUGAGCAAGCGAGAAGAGAUGCAGCUUUAAAGGCAGGGAAUAAGCAGAAUACCAACUCAGCCACAGCACUCUGCAACAGGCAGCUAAGUGAUCAGCAAGAUGAAGAGCGACGUCGGCAGCUGAGAGAGAGAGCUCGUCAGCUAAUAGCAGAAGCUCGAUCUGGAGUGAAGAUGUCAGAACUUCCCAGCUAUGGUGAAAUGGCUACGGAAAAGUUGAAAGAAAGGUCAAAGGCAUCUGGAGAUGAAAAUGAUAAUAUUGAGAUAGAUACUAACGAGGAGAUUCCUGAAGGCUUUGUUGUAGGAGAUGGAGAUGAACUUACUAACUUAGAAAAUGACCUUGAUAUUCCCGAACAAAAGACUAAGUUGGUGGACUUGAAGCUGAAGAAGCUCCUAGAAGUUCAGCCACAGGUGGCAAAUUCACUCUCCAGUGCUUCUCAGAAAGUUAUAACCGAGAACUCAGAGCAAGACAUUAAGAAUGGCACAGAAGAUCUCCAGGCUGAACGAUUACAAAAAGCGACAGAAAGAUUUAGAAAUCCUGUUGUGUUCAGCAAGGAUUCUACAGUCAGAAAAACUCAACUUCAAUCUUUCAGUCAAUAUGUUGAGAAUAGACCAGAUAUAAAAAGACAGAGAUCAAUACAGGAAGAUACAAAGAAAGGAAAUGAGGAGAAGGCAGCGAUAACUGAAACUCAGAGGAAGCCAUCAGAAGAUGAAGUGCUUAAUAAAGGGUUCAAAGACACCAGUCAAUAUGUUGUAGGAGAAUUGGCAGCACUAGAGAAUGAGCAAAAGCAAAUUGACACCCGUGCCGCGCUGGUGGAGAAGCGCCUCCGCUAUCUCAUGGACACAGGAAGAAACACCGAAGAAGAAGAAGCUAUGAUGCAGGAAUGGUUUAUGUUAGUUAAUAAGAAAAAUGCCUUAAUAAGGAGAAUGAACCAGCUCUCUCUCCUGGAAAAAGAACAUGACUUAGAACGAAGGUAUGAGCUGCUGAAUCGGGAAUUGCGGGCAAUGCUAGCCAUUGAAGACUGGCAGAAGACUGAGGCCCAGAAGCGACGCGAGCAACUCCUGCUGGAUGAGCUGGUGGCCCUAGUGAACAAGCGUGACGCGCUCGUCAGGGACCUGGAUGCACAAGAAAAGCAGGCCGAAGAAGAAGAUGAGCAUUUGGAGCGAACUCUGGAGCAAAACAAAGGCAAGAUGGCCAAGAAAGAAGAGAAAUGUGUUCUUCAGUAGCAACUGGACCAGACUAUAUCCCAAAAUUUUAGUCUUGGGUCCACAGACCAGAAAGUCAUACUCGUUGUUGAUUUAAAACUUAACAUUUCAUUUGGCUGGAUUGUACUUCUUUGCUACCACCACCACCACCCCUUUUCCUCCCUCCUUUCCAGAUUAAAUAUACAGAGCUCCAACAUAGCUUUGUGUAAGGAUUUUUGUGUGAGUUAAUCAUUUCCUUGAAAUCAUGUGAAAUAGAUUUGCACAGAUACCUUGAGAAUGAUUGGUAUUGGGAGUGUUCGAGGAACUGUUCAAAGAAGAAAGAAAAGAACACCCCUCAUUUUUUGAUGAGAGAAAUUUUAAAACAUUUUUUGUUAAUAGCAUAAUGAUGGUGGGAGGGGGGUCAGAGGGGAAUAAGAAAAAUGUCAUGAAUUAUUUUUUUCCAGUCCUGCCAUAUGUAACCCUGACUCUGUUACCUAAAUUUUAUAGUUAGAUCAUAUUCAAUUUACUUAUUAAACUGUUCUAUUUACCAGUGGGA